AUGCGGCAAUAUAGUUUAGCCUCUUCUAAAGAAACACACACAAGGAGACAAGAAGCCUCGUGUUGUGUGGUGCCAGGAAAACCCACAAUAAAUGAUUCGAAAGAGAGGCCCAUGAGUGACGAGGCAAGGAGCCACCAAGAUUCCAAAAAUCCACCCUACAAGCACUCGAUCACUGCUGACGAAAUACGACCCCAUGUCUCAGUGAAAAAGCAUACCAUUGCCGACAUUUCAUUAGAGGCAAAGCCAAUAACAAAAGCCAUAUCACAGGCGUAG